AUGAGAAGAAACGGAGGAGGCCUUCGGGCCGAGGCUCUCCUCGAAAAGUUGCUUCAGGAGUGUGGAGAUGUUCGAAGCAUGUUGGCUGCCGAACAGGCAGAAAACAAGAGAUUAAAGGCGCGUCUGACUUCGCUUGCGGACGAGCAGCAUGCAGAAGACCAGGCGAGGGUGGCUGGGAGGCAAGCUCUUGCUGUUCUCCGCCAGGACAUCGCCAACACCCAGAUCGAGCUGGAAAGGCAGAAAGCCAGAUUCGAGGAGAUCGAUCUCCAAUCGAGAGACCGGAGGGACAGAAUCGAGGAAAUGGAGAAGGAAAACAAAGAGCUAAGGCAGGCUAAAGACGAGCUGGCUCAUAAGCUUCAUGUGCAGGUACAGAAACUCAGCGACGAAGCCUACCGCCUGAAGACCAAAUCCAAAGAGUCCAUAAGGAAGGCUCAGAGCGAACGAGAGGUCAGAAAGGUCCAGGAAGAGGAGAUAGGCAAGUUGAAGCUGCGACUGUCCGGGCUGGAGCACCUUGAAGGGGAAUCGCAUGAUAUGCGGAGGGCCCUGGAGUCAGUGCGCAGGGAUCGAGCUCGAGUUCAAGACGAGAAAUGGGAGGCGGACGAGAAAGUUGAAAAACUGUCCGUCGAUCUGGAGACAGUGCAGAUAGCGCUUCAACGGGAAGAGCACGCAAACCGAGGGCUUCAGACUAGGGUUGAAGUCAUGGAACGUGAUCUCAAGGCUGCUCGAGCGCAAAACAACAUACUCAGGAGCAACAGCGCUGGUGCAGAGAUUGAGCUUCAGGACCUUAGAAAUUUUGAAGCUGAGGCGAAGAAGCUCCGGCAAAACAUGGAAGACGUGAAAUCCAUAAUGUCGGAGGUGGACGGUGCUGCCAGGCAGUACAUAAUCCUUAAGCAGUCCUGCGAUGCCUGCGCGGAAUCAUGCAACGCGGUGGAUGGAAUUGGGGAAGACGAUUUGCUCAUCCGGAGAUGGCGAGCCCAA